AUGCCGAACUGUACUGUCGCACCUCCAGGGAUGGACCGGCUGACCCCACCGCGGCCUCUAGUUCCAAUUAGGUGUCGAAAAUAUUAUGAGCGGCCGCGCGGGUGGCAUGACACGCAUCAAACAAGCCAUCGUAAAAGGGUUGCAGCGAGCGGUUCGAUUGGUCAGGCUCCGGUAAGAAAGAUGUGCCGGCCAAAGCGGUUGCUAUGCGAUAGAAGGGCAACGUAA